AUGGUGAUCGGAGUUAAGGGGAUGCAAAAGGUGAUUUAUGGUGAACAACUAGACAUGGGUAUUUUGGUGAAUAAUGGCAGGGUGGCUUAUCCUGCAGCUAUGUUUUUUCAUGUGUUUGAAGAAGAAGUUUGGAAGAAUGUGAUGAAAGUGAAUGUGAUAGGUACGGGUUUGGUAACAAGAGUUGUGAUUGGAGGAAUGGUUGAUAGGAAAAGAUGUGUCAUUGUUAAUAUUGGUUUAGGUCCUACCAUUGAUGUACCUUCACCUCUUUUCUAUGCGAUCUAUGAUGCCAUCAAAGCAUAA